AUGGCAGGCAGUACUGGAGGCACAGGCAAUCGAUUCGCCCGCGCUGUCACCAUUGUUGCUGGUGUUGCUGCUUUGGUCGCUACCAUCUUGACCUUCCUAUCGACAUGGCUCCAAAGCAAAAACUAUCGCAAGCCGCUCCUGCAGCGCUAUGUUAUUCGCAUCUUGAUCAUGGUGCCCAUCUACUCGGCCUCGUCAUGGGCAAGUCUCGUCUCCCUCAAGGCCGCCUUCUGGAUUGGACCCUUCCGUGAUGUCUACGAAGCCUUUACUCUCUACGCUUUCUUCCAACUCCUGAUCAACUUCCUCGGCGGUGAGCGAUCUCUUAUCAUCAUGAUGCACGGCCGAGCUCCAGUCUCGCAUCUUUGGCCCAUGAACCACUGUCUCCCCAAAGUCGACAUCUCCGAUCCUCAUACCUUUCUUACCGUCAAACGUGGUAUCCUGCAGUAUGCAUGGAUCAAGCCCAUACUUGCCAUUUCGACCAUUAUCAUGAAAGCCACCGGCACAUAUCAGGAAGGUUACAUUGGUGUUACGUCUGGCUACUUGUGGAGCGGAAUAAUAUACAACAUUAGUAUCACCUUGAGUCUCUAUGCUCUUGCUCUGUUCUGGGUCUGCAUGUCACAGGACCUCAAACCUUUCCGUCCCAUGCCCAAGUUCUUGUGCAUCAAGGGCAUUAUCUUUGCCUCGUACUGGCAAGGCUUCUUCCUCUCUAUUCUGGUCUGGUUGGGAGCCAUCCCAGAUGUCAGCUCAGAAUACUCGGCAGAUAAUGUUGCCGCUGCCAUUCAGGAUGCUGCCAUCUGUUUUGAGAUGCCCAUUUUUGCCAUUGCGCAUUGGUAUGCUUUCUCCUGGCACGAUUAUGCCGAUCGAACCAUCUCGGACGCUCGCAUGCCUGUCAAAUUUGCUCUGAGGGAUGCAUUUGGUCCUCGCGAUCUGAUCGAAGAUGCCAAAGAAACCUUCUACGGCACCAAGUACGAGUAUCGAUACUUUGAUGCUGAAGACAACGUUAUUGCACACGAACAAUCUGCGUCACGUGCAGCCCGAAUGAGGGAGGGUAUGCGUUAUGGAAGAGGAGGCAAAGGCAAAUACUGGCUACCAGAAAGAGGUCAUGCCGAUGCAAAAACCCCUCUGUUGGGAGGUCACAGUCGCGCACGUACAAUGAGUCCUGGAGGUGGUGGCAAGUCUCCUUCACCUCAUGGCUCCUUCAGGUAUGGUGCACAAUCACCACCAGAAGAGCCCGAGCUGGACGCCGAGGAAGAACAGCUCUACAGCAGCGCGAGGGCAUUGGAGUUUGGUGAUUGGAAUUAUCCUGUCAUCAACACACACUACGCCAACAGUGAUGACAGAUUACGAGCCGAUCCGGAGAUCAUCACUGCUUCGACCAAUCGUCAGCUCUUGCAACCAGGUAGUAAGAACUACCGCGAGAGGCGGAAAAGCAGAAUCCACGACCUUCAGGAGAACGCUCGCCAGGGCAAGCACCGCGAAAGUGCUAGUAGCAGUCGCUCUAAAGCCAAAUCAUCGAUACCGGUCAUUGGCAGUCUGCUUCGACACGAAUCAUCAGAAUCAGCCGUGACGGUGGAGUCUCAAAACAGUCAAUUGGUUGAUCUGAUUGUGGAGGACCACGAGGCAGAAGAGGUCGAACGUGUUAGAGCACGCAAAGAGGGUGGGCCCGGAUGGAAUGAGAUUGAGCAGAGACACUUUGUUAAGACAUACCCUGAUGAUGAAAAUGCUCGCGAGGAGGUGAGAGAAGGAUACAAUCCAGACCGCCUUGACCAGGUCGACCAAGACGAUUCGCACAAUUUGAACGAACCAUUCACGGUUGGCGAUGACGAAGAAGAUGAAGAGCCGCAGGAUGAGCUCGAUCGCGACCAACCUUGGGAUGCUCGCGACCAUGGAAGCAAUGUCACAUCGCCGCAACCAGAGUACGGAAGCUUUAACGACGAGAGGAAUGCAUGGGGAGGACGAUAG